GGGAGAAGGCUCCUGCCACCUCCCCGCCUGGCAGUCUCCAGAGGGACUCUCUGUCUGGCCCUCCAGCCAUGGACCCCGCUAAGGAGAGCACUGAGUGUCCUGCCCGAGAAAAAUGCCCUGUGUUCCUGGCAAUGAGCUCAGGGACUGUCCGCUACGCCCCAUCAGGUUUGGGCCUUGCACUCAAGGGCAACUUGGGAGAGCAGCCCUGGGACACAGACAGCCAGCCCCACCCGGACGAGGGCCACCCACCGCCCCUCGAAGCUGUCCCAGUGCCUUGGAAGAGCGUGGGCCCCUGCAAAAGCCACAGGGAGUCCCUGGGAAGCCUGGUGGAGACCCCUGCAGGGAAGGAGGCCCAAGGCGAGGAGGACCCUGCGGCCAGCCGGCUGGACGUGUUGCGUCUGCGCAGCUCUUCCAUGGAGAUCCGAGAGAAGGGCUCGGAGUUCCUGAAGGAGGAACUGCACAAAGCCCAGAAGGAGCUGAGGCUGAAGGAUGAGGAGUGUGAGCGGCUCUCCAGGGUGCGCACGCAGCUGGAGCAGGAGCUGGAGGAGCUCACGGCCAGCCUGUUCGAGGAAGCCCACAAGAUGGUCCGAGAAGCCAACAUGAAGCAGGCAGCGUCAGAAAAGCAGCUGAAGGAGACGCGGGGCAAGAUCGACAUGCUGCAAGCAGAGGUGACAGCCUUGAAGACACUGGUCAUCACGUCCACACCAGCCUCUCCUAACCGCGAGCUCCACCCACAGCUGCUCAGCCCCACCAAGGCCGGACCCCGCAAGGGCCACUUGCGUCAUAAGAGCACCAGCAGCGCCCUCUGCCCCGCCGUGUGCCCCGCGGUAGGACACGUCCUCACCCCGGACAAGGAGGGCAAAGAGGUGGACACGACCCUGUUUGCAGAGUUCCAGGCCUGGAGGGAAUCGCCCACCCUGGACAAGACCUCCCCCUUCCUGGAAAGGGUGUACCGGGAGGACGUGGGCCCCUGCCUGGACUUCACCAUGCAGGAGCUCUCAGCCCUGGUACGGGCCGCCGUGGAGGACAACACGCUGACCAUCGAGCCCGCGGCUUUGCAAACACUGCCCGCGGUGAAGGUGGCCGCUGUCGAGUGUGGCCGCACCAAUGGGUUCCGGGCCCCGAUCGACACUACAUGUGCCCUGAGUGGCCUGGCCUGCGCCUGUCGUCACCGAAUCCGGCUUGGGGACUCCGAGAGCCACUACUACAUCUCACCGUCCUCCCGGGCCAGAAUCACGGCCGUGUGCAACUUCUUCACCUACAUCCGCUACAUCCAGCAAGGCCUGGUGCGGCAGGACGCGGAGCCCAUGUUCUGGGAGAUCACAAGGCUGAGGAAGGAGAUGUCGCUGGCCAAGCUUGGCUUCUUCCCCCAGGAGGCCUAGGGCAUGGCCCAGGCCUGGAGGGGGGGCUCUGAGCUGGAGCCAACACCUGCCCCAGGAGAGACAGACAGACAGACGGGGUUCUAGAGCCAGCCCUGAGCCAGAAGCUGAACAGAGGGACAAAUGGCCAGGCCACGGAGGCAGCACUGAGCCGGCACCAAACGUCCAUCCCAGGACAGGACCUCAGGAGGUGACCUCUCCUCCCUCGUAGUACUACAGCCACCAGGAGACUUUCAAGAAAGCACCAAAGACCAAGGAGCUGGGAGCCGUACAAAGGGACUCAGCCCUUGGGAGGGCACCCCUGGGGCAGCCAGCACCCCCUCCCCAGUCCCAGGAGCUGCUGCCUGCAGGUGCCUCAUUGGCGAGAUCUCCAGGGUAUCUCCCCACCCCCCCUUUCCCAAGCCCUGGGCACCAGCACCCUCUUGUGGCCGUCCUUCGCCUCGUUCCCAGGUGGGCCUGCUGUGCCCAUGGGGCAGCAGAGCUAGGAGCGGACGGGGGCCUCGCUGGCUGUCUCCCACUCCAUCCUGUAUCUGCCCGAGCAUGACCCCAAAACAUUCUUAAGAUGUAUCAAGGGCCCUGCUCCCGCCCGUCCUCUCCACCUUCCUCCUUCCCGCCAGCUGAGCCCUAUGCUGCAAGGAGCCUUUGCUCCCACCACUGCUGGGAGGAUUGGGGCACUUUCCUCCCAAAGUAAAACACAGACAGGCCUCAGGAUGCCCGGGUCUGUUUUCAGCUGUGGAUGGCCAUUCAGACGACGGGGGUGAGAUCGCCCAGCCCCGUACACAGGACUGGGGUGGGGCAGGCAGGCCCCGGUCCCCUCCUCACCCCUCGCAGCCUACUCAGUACCAGGGUCCAACCUGGACACAUCCCUCACCACGUCCGAUUUCCUCCUCUGAAUGGAAUGUAACGCGAUCUCUAUUUAAUAAAGGACGGCUUUGUUGGUA